AUGUUACCACAAGAAGAAUCACUCGCUAUUCUUGCUGAAUUUCUUCGUGUACAUUAUUGUGAAAGAGUGAAUGGAAUUUCCAUUGAUACCAUUGUCGAAUUAGGUCGUGUGGUACUCCAAGCAAAUACUUUUGUCUAUGGUAACAAAUUUUAUCGACAAAUUAUUGGUGGUGCUAUGGGAUCAGCAUUUACUUUAACAUUACCAAAUAUCUUCAUGUGGAAAUGGGAAAGACAAACUAUUUUACCAAAAUUAGGUUCUCGUGAGAUAUAUGGCCGAUAUAUUGAUAAUGUUUUCUUUAAAUCGAACGAAUCCGAAGACAAAGUCAAAGAAUUAUUAGAAGCUGCAAAUAAUUUUCAUCCAAAUAUUAAAUUAGAAUAUCAUAUUGGUAAAAGUAUUCCAUUCCUCGAUGUUGUGGUUAAGAACAACAAUGGUAUUCUGGCAUCAUCGGUCUAUCAUAAACCUUCGACUCAACCAACAGUAGUAUCAUUUUUAUCGGAUCAUCCGCGAUAUGUAUUUCGAAAUGUGAUUCAUACAGCUCUCACUGGAGCGGUGCGAUAUUCAUCAUCAUUUGAAGUAUUUAAUAAUGAACGGCGUGUCAUUCGUUUAAUGUUCUUAUAUAAUAGAUUAGUUGUUGGUUUUCGAAAUAAUCCAAACAUUGAAUUCGAACUUUCACGUAAACGACCAUCGUCAUCCGUAUUGAAAGAUCCAUUAAGAAAGAAAGGUUUGGCAAGCAAAACACUAUCCCUUCCUAUCGAUAUGGAAACCAGUUCUGAUCCGACAUUAUUAUUACCGGAUUAUUUAAAACUAUCGGAUAGCAAGUUUACACAAAUGUUAUUAACAUCAACAUCAAAUAUUAUGAAUCAAGAUGAACUUAUUGAAUCAGAAAGACAUAUUACUAUUUAUUCGUCAUCUUACACAACUCGUCAAUAA